UCACUUCCUGCGCAGCGCGGCGUGGCCAGGCGGCUGGGUGCCGGGAGGGUUCAGUCGGCAGCAAGAUGCGCAUCGAGAAAUGUUACUUCUGCUCCGGGCCCGUCUACCCGGGACACGGGCUCAUGUUCGUGCGGAACGACUGCAAGGUCUUUAGAUUCUGCAGAUCAAAAUGCCACAAAAACUUUAAAAAGAAACGAAAUCCCAGAAAGGUCAGAUGGACCAAAGCCUUCCGGAAAGCAGCUGGUAAAGAACUAACAGUGGAUAAUUCAUUUGAAUUCGAAAAACGUAGAAACGAGCCACUGAAAUACCAGAGAGAGCUGUGGAGCAAAACUGUUGAUGCAAUGAAGAGAGUGGAAGAGAUCAAACAAAAACGCCAAGCUAAAUUUAUCAUGAACAGACUAAAGAAGAGCAAAGAGCUGCAGAAGGCACAAGACAUCAAAGAAGUCAAGCAAAACAUACACCUUGUUCGGGCUCCACAUGCAGGCAAAGCAAAACGGCUGGAGGAGAAAAUGGUACAGAAAUUGCAAGAGGCUGUAGCUAUGGAAGAAGAGUCCUAAAAACCUUGUCCUUUUUUUCCUUCUAUUUUUACCUCCUCAACUUACUUAGUGUUUUUGACUCUCCUCUUCAGAGUUCUGACUUGUGCAUUAUUGAUUCAUUUGACAUUUGUUCAUUGAAAUGAAAGGUGAUUAAACACACCCUAGAUGCACAUCUUUCUUUUCUGUGUUCUGUUGUGUGUGAAGCACCAGACAUUGUGUUUGAUUAUAUCUUUUAAGGGAAGGUACUCUCAGUUCUUUAUUGGGAGAAAAAUACACUUUACUGAGCAAAAGUUAUUUUGCAAGUCACCCAGUACUGUUUGUAAUUAUAAGAAUGAGGUAAUUGGCAUGAAAUGGCUGUCCUACAGAUAAUGCUUUUGGACAAUACUUUUUGUAAUUCUGUAAUUAUACAAAACCUUAUUAUCAGUGAUGCAUAACAUAAAGCCUUUCAUUUGAGAUAAUAUAUACCUCUUUAUUGUCCAGGGAGGGACAGCGUAAUUACCUUUUUAUCUAGCUAAUAAUUCAAGGUAUAAUUGGCUUCAGUGGCAGGUUUCCUCAGUAGACUUUGGUCCAAGGCUUUUCUAAUUUGGUAUGCCGUACCCCUCCAGUGGUGGGUAAAUUGCACCUUUGCACCUACAAGGGAUGGCAGAAUCACAUUUUGUCUAUAUUUACUGCAGUGGAGCAUUAGCUUUUUACUAUAUCCCACUAGGGGGAAAUAGACUGCUUAAAAUGUAACAACGGAAAGUGUUUUUGUGUGUUUUUUCCUUCCAUGUUUAAAAGAACUCUUCUUGAUUUAGCAUAGUCUAUUAGAGCAACUAACACCGAUGCAAGUUUUACUAUUGUUUGGAGAAGGCUGCCGAUAGAAUGGUGGCUUCCAGUUUGGAGACUGGAACCAUCACCUGUAUAACCACUGGAACUUGAAUCUGUGCCACAAAACCAGGCUAGUUCAAACAUGCAAUAAAUCAAACUUUUUACCAUGUAUAAUGUAACUUAACGCUUUUGUAAUUAUGUUGACAGAAAAGUUGCUUUAAAGUUUAGGUAUGUUGGAUAUUCAUAGUAGUAUUUUCUUCAUCCAAAGUGUUAUCAGUGUUGCACUCAGAUAAAUAACUUUCAAUGGACAACUGUUUACCUACACCAUGAUUAGGGAAGCCUUUCAAAAACACUUUAAGUAUUAUUUACUUCCUUGUCACUGCUAAUUACACUGAAAAAUCAUAAUUUGCAGUUUCAUUCCUGAUAUGAAUAGGAGGUAAAUUCAAUUGGAAAACUACCUUAUUUCAAAAAUGUAUAUACCUGUAUGCUGUUUGUUUUAAAUUAAAAUAGAAUUACAGUUUGUACGUUCAGAAAGAGACUGUGGGGAAUACUGAUGUGCCUGGAUUCAAAAAUGUAGAUCCACUUGAAUUAAAUGUCAAUUUAGAGUAUUCUAAACGCUAACACACUGCUGUUAAAACAUAUUUAAAAUUAUAUAAAUAACAAUUACAGGCGUUUAGGACAUGAAGGUAAAGUUUAAUUGUAAGUUCUGCUAAGUGUGAUACAUAGUGGCCACAUAAACCUAAUGAUCAGUGUUUGGCUGACUGAUAUGAAUUGUAUUUGCUGUGUAAGUGCUGAUUUUUAAUACUGUCUCAAAAUCAUUUGCCAGAUUAGCCAGGAAAUGUAUGCUGAUAGGGUGAAAUCAGUUAGAUGCUAAAAUACACUCCCGAAUGAAGAUGAGUGCUCAGACUCCACCAAGGCAGAGAAUAUUUUCUCUUUGAAAGGUACAAGUGUGUCCAUUUUUGAGCAUUGUGCACAGGCAAGUUAAGUAUCCCUUUAUAUGUGUUUAGAUCUUUAAAAUGCUGCAUUUCUGAUAUCUUUGCCCUAUAUCAAAUAAGAAAUUAAGCAGCUUGUGUAUGUUCAGGGCAACAAAACAGUGAACAUAAUCAAAUACGUUAAAAUAAAAUUGUAAGCUGUAAUUUGAUGCCUGAUCUAAAGUAUAUACUAAUAAAGGGAUUCCAGUUGCACAAAAAUACACUGACCCUGGACUCACCUUUUUGGGAAUUCUUACAGAAACCUGCAGGAAAAGACUGAGAAAACUGGGUGCUAUUGUUUUGAGAGAAAAAGUUCUGCUUUAUGAGGUUUUUAUUCACUCUGGUUUUACCAAAAAGGUUGUAAAUAAGACUAGGCCUUGCUAAAGCUAUUGUCAUUUUUCUCUUAGAAAAUUUGCUUUUGUGACUGAAUCAGGAGAAAGGUAAUUUGUUUUAAUACUGGGCUGAAGAUGAUGGAAUUGCUUCCCAAGAUGACAGGUACUGCAAGGACUCUGGCUGCAGUCACUGCAAGAGCCUCAAGGGCUCUGGUAAGUCCUAGUUAUAAACAAGAAAAGGAUUUAAACCCUAUCUUGUCUGGUACAGCAACACUUAAAGCAGAGAUUCAUUUUAUUAGUUGGAUUACAGAUCUGUGACUAUUUCUGUACUGUUUUUAAAAAGGAAAUUCUGAUUCUCUUUAGAUACACAAACAAAGCUAGUUUUCUGUGGGCCAGACUUUAGUUUUUCAAUUUGAUAUCUGCCAUAACAAUGAACUUGCACUAGAAAAAAUUGUUAAUGGAAAAAGGACAUCACAGGUUAGAUGUAAUACUUCAGUUAUUGUAACACUGUAGAGCUUAAUUUUAUGGAGCAUUUCUAUUCAGAGUGCAUCAGGCCAUAUUGGCGACUUGCAAGUUGGACCUAAUUCAUGAUAGGUGAUGGAUAGUGUGGAGUUUUUUCAGGGUGCACUUAAGCUCAGAUUUUGCUUCCUUCUUGUACAGGUAUAAAGAACAUCUGAAAAUGGAACUAGUGUAGUUUUGUGCUGGGAGUGAAGGGGAGGUGCUAGGAGCCCCUGCUGUUGCACAGGGAUUCCCAAUAUAGCAGUGUGCAGCAGCAGUUUAGGGGCAGUCCAACCUUAUAUGUGGUGCAUUAGGGCAGAGGAUUUUUUUUAGACUUUAGAUUCUGCUUUAGCUCUGUGCAUUGGGAAAGUUGAUUCUCCCACCCCCUUCUCACUUUGCCUGAGAUGCUUGAGAACAAGUUUGGUACCUUAUUGAAUAAAAUUUGAGAUUCCAAAAGGAUACAUUUCUAAAAGCCUCCUCUCUUUCUCCUCCCCCCCAUCCUAAACUUAAAAGGAUUCAUGAAAGAAAGCUAUUAAAGAACCUUGGCUUCAAACUCCAGAUAUCUGAACAUACUGGUGUAAAUUCAUUAAAUAAUGGUAUUGCCAGGGAUCUGUAGGCAUAUACAGCAUGUGUAUUCGGAAAUAGCUCACACAGCUUGCAGGGUAGAGCCUGCUUUAAUGAGAGAA